AGGGUUUCCACAUUUAUAGCAUUUUGGUCUCUGCAAUUCGUCAGAUAUUCAACGCGAGUUUUUCUCUGGGUGAGCAUGGGUGAUGUAAUUGCAGAGCUAGUAUUAGAGGCUAAUGAAUUGCUAGAUACGACCACAGACAACUGGAAUGCCCUUUUGGAGUACUCUCAGAAUGCAUUUCUACCACAACACCUUCAAGCGGUGCGGACUCGGGUGAUUAAUCAUACGGCUAUCAUUGUAGAUCUGUUGCAGCCAGUUCCAGCGGAAGUUGCGGCGGUAGAUCCAGCAGCAGCAAACCAGCAAGAGGCGUCGAACUCGACCUCAGGUGGCCCUCAGAGUAGUGGUUCCGGUAGUGAGGCGUAAUUUCGAGGAGAAGAAUCUCUACUUCUUGUUUGAAAUGACUAUUCUUAGACAUGCACCCUUUUAUGGAUUUCGUUAAUGUUGUUGCAAGUUUUAGAUCUGGAAUCAUCAAGUAUCCUUAAGCUCUAUAAUCACUCCAAGGUAAUUAAUUGCAGCUUCGUUUAAACUCUUCAAAACUUAAGCUUGAGUUACAAAAGGUUUAUUGUAAUCGCACAAUGAAAUAUAUAAUGCAAUCUUAU